AUGGAAUCCUCCAUCUCUUCAGGCGACGCCUCGAGCUCGCGAUCUUCAAGAUCUGUCAACGACCCUGUUCUUCGAAACACGUUGCGCUACACCAUCUCAGCCCGCGAAUAUGCAAGCCUGCACAAGUACAUCCUUUCUCGAUCCCGCGUGCUGCGUCGCGCAACACCAACACCAAACCGUGUUGAAAAGGCGCUGCAACCGCCAAAAGGUGGUGAUGAUUAUAAUGCGAGAACAGUGCGACAUGCGCUCAGGGUCUUUGUGAUGACUUUCCUCGGCAUGAAGGGAUGGGAUAUUGUCGCGAAGAGGAUGGGUAAAGAAGAACCCAGUACUGGCGGCAAAAAGAAGCCAUUCUACAAAUCUCCUGCCCUGAGACUGUCUAUUUCGCUUUCCACCAUUCUUCUCCUUUACAGAAUCCUCUUCCGUUUCUUCACUCGACUGCGUGUGCAUCUCCUCGACCCUCAAGUCGAGCCUUUCCGCGCGCGCAAUCCCCGAACUGCAGCGAUGUUGACAUCUCCCUCUGCACCCGCCAUUGGUGCUUCAUUCGCUGGCCUGGCUCUUGGCAUUUACCCAGCACAAAAGAUGCGCGUCACUAUCGCCAUUUACACAAUCUUCCGUGCUUUGGAGUUUGCCUACAACUUCUGUGAGGCUGAUGGCCUCAUCUGGGGCCGAAAGAACGGCGUCAAGAGGGAGAGGCCUUGGUGGUUCGGAAGCUGGAUGUUGCAGCCAUUUGCUUUUGGGCAGCUUCUUCAUGCUGCGGUUUUUGAUCGCGAUUGCUUCCCCAAGCCUUUUGGAGAUUUGAUCUUCAAGAGCUCAUCGGCUUACUUGCACCCGCGCCCGCAGGAUUGGCCAUCGAGCGUUAAGUGGCCUCAGACUUCUGAGAUCGUUGAUAGCUUGGCUCAAAUGGCGCGCCUGAGCUGGCCUGCCUAUGUUUCUCCCACUCUCUUCCCUGGCAAGGAGGUUCUUCCUCCUAGCCUCAGUGCAAUUGCGCCACUGACAUCUCGAGCUCACCCUCUGAUCACAUCUCUCUCCUGCGCCACUUUGCACCCUGGAGACCCAUCUUGUGCCCGAACCUAUCUUACUUUCUGGCUUCAGACUUUCCCAUCAUUUGCUCGCUUCUUCGUCGCAGUCUUCUCUGCCCUAACCGUUAUUCCCCGAUUCUCCAGCCUGUACCACAACCCUCUGGCUACCCUUCAACGCAUCAUCACCAAGGCUCUUCGCAUGUCUACGUUUGCAACAGGUGCGCUUUCCACAGCCUGGGCUUCGAUCUGCUUCUUCCAGCAAUGGCUCCCACGCCACGUUCUUGCUACUCAGCGUGUCUUCCUUGGUGGUUUCUUCGCUGGUCUCUGGGCAUUCGUUGAACGACGAAAUGGCCGUGGACUGUUCCUGUACAGCGCUCGCGCCAGCGUCGACAGCCUCUGGAAGGUUGGUGUGAAGCGACGUUGGUGGAAGAGCAUGAAGGGCGGUGAUGUCUGGGUCUUCAUGCUGGCACUCAUGGUCACUGGUGUUGUCUACGAGAAGGAUGCUCAAGCGAUCCGCGAGACUAACUGGCGAAAGGGAGUCAGCUGGCUCCAGGGUCAAGGAUGGAGAGAUUGGGGAGCUGAGGAUGAUGAGGAUGAGGAGAACAAGGAUAAGGAGGAGUGA